AUGAUCAUCGAAAAUCAAAGGUGUUUUGGAAAAGAAAUUGUUAAUUCAUCACUCUAUUAGUCGAUGGAAUCAGGGGUGAUCGUUGAAAAAACAAAAAAACCCUUUUCAAUUAUUCCCAGAGUAUUUGCAAUCAGCUUGGAUGAGAAGGAAAAUAAAAUCUUUAGAAGAGAAUCGGAAAGAAUUUAAAUUGAAAUCGAGAGUGAAAAGUCCAAAGAGACUAAAAAUCCUCAAAAAGUAGCAUUGUACUAAGAUGAAAUAAUCCAACAUUUGUUAAUCGAAGAGAAUAAAUAUCAAAUAGAUUUAUAUAUGACUUCUGAGAUGUAGCCUAACAUAAAUAUCAAAAUGAGAGCAAUUCUUGUAGAUUGGCUAAUUGAUGUGCAUGCUAAAUUUAAGUUAAGAGAUGAAACAUUAUAUCUUACUAUUGCCUUAAUAGAUAGAUAUUUAGCAAAGGAAUAAGUGACAAGAUUACGCUUGCAAUUAGUAGGGGUAGCAGCCCUCUUCAUAGCAUGUAAAUAUGAGGAAAUAUACCCACCUGCAUUAAAAGAUUUUGUGUACAUUACAGAUAAUGCUUAUGUUAAGAGUGAUGUAUUAGAAAUGGAAGGAUUAAUAUUGUAAGCCCUGAAUUUCAAUAUUUGUAAUCCAACGGCUUACUAAUUCUUAUCAAAAUUCUCCUCUGAAUUAGAUCCCAAAAAUAAGGCUUUGGCUUAAUACAUAUUGGAACUUGCUUUGGUUGAAUACAAAUUUAUAGUGUAUAAACCAUCCUUAAUAACAGAAGCAGCCAUCUUUUUAGUUAAUAAAAUAAGAUCUCCAAACUAUAGAACCUAAAACGAAGCUUCAUUAAAACCUUGUGCUAAAGAAUUAUGUUAGUUAUUACAAACAGCAGACCUAAAUACAUUGUAAGCUGUAAGAAGAAAAUUUAACACUACCAAAUUUUAUGAAGUUUCAAGAAUAAAGGUUGAAAAAAUCAACAAAUGA